AUGUCUAACGAUCAGUCCCUCCUUGACCGCGUCGAGAUGCCUAGCAUCCCUGAGGCGGCUAUGAAGAAGAUUGCGAUUUUGGAAGAGCAGUUCUCGCGUGCUGAGGUCGAACGGUUGCGCCACUCUGCUAAGCUCAUGACCCCCCUGAUCCAGAAGCGCAGCGAGAUCGUCAACAUUCCCGAAGUGCAGGCUGAGUUCUGGAUGCGCGUGUUCUCCAGCGCUCCCCCCAACAUCGACGAGUACAUUCUGUCCAGCGACGCUCAAGUCCUCGGCGAGAGCCUCAAGAACAUGAACGUGGAGCGAUUUGAGCUUGAUGCCCAAGGCAACGGCGAGCCCCGCAGCUUGCGCUUCACCUUUGAGUUCAAGACCGGCGAGGAGAACCCAUUCUUCACCAACGAGAAGCUCGUCAAGGAGUUCUACUGGCGCCAGGAGGUCUCCAAGAACGCCGCUGGCAAGAGCCGCACCUGGGAGGGUCUCGUUUCCGAGCCCGUUCGCAUCAACUGGAAGAAGGAUAUGGAUUUGACCAAGGGCAUGCUCGAUGCUGCGUGUGACCUUGCUGAGGCUGAGAAGAAGAAGGGUGGUGACCGUAAGAAGUUGCCCGAGUUCGCUGCUCUCGUUAAGAAGAUCGAGGAGGCUGAGGCUGAUGCCAGCGCCGAGGAUGACGAGGAUGAUGAGAACCCUAGCCCCGUUGGCAUGAGUUUCUUCGGAUUUUUCGGAUACCGCGGUCGUGACGUCUCUGCGGCUCAGUCCAAGGAAGCUGCCCAGGAGAUCGAGGCUCGCUGGGCCAAGAUCCAGAAGGGCGAGGAUGUUGAAGAUGCUGGUGACUCCGAGGAUGAGGAUGAGGAGGAUGACUCCAACAGUCUUGAGGAAAUCGAGAUCUUCCCUGACGGAGAUGACCUCGCUGUUAACAUUGCCGAAGACCUCUGGCCCGAUGCGCUCAGCUACUACGUUCAAUCCUUCCAGAUCGGCGAGGCGCUCGAAGAUAUGGACUUCGACAUGGAGGAGAUUGAUGGAGAAGACUCUGAUGAAGAAAGUGAGUUGCGUCCGCGCAAGAAGGCUCGCAACUAA